AUGUGGACAUCACAGAGUAGUACGGAUUAUAAUUCCAAUGACCGUUCGGCUCAUUCUGUUUCGCAACCGAUUAAUAUGCCAAAUCGACCAUCGGAUUUAACCGCAGGUUAUGUUGAUCAACAUAGUGCUGUUUUUUCACCUAAAUCAACGGAUCCAACUAAUCUCGGUGUUAAUAUGUGUAUGAAUAUAUUAGACGGUGAUAACUCACCACGUGUUAAAGAUAGCACAAUUAAAGAUGUUUCACAACGUUUACAAAAUAUGAAAAUUUAUACUGACAGUGAUAAUGAUAAAAAACCACUUGAUAAUUCAACUGAUUUUCAUGUCGAUGAUGGUAAAUCUGAUGAGACAAUAGGUGAUAAUGUACUACCAAAUACAAGUCGUAAACAAUCGCCACAUUCAUCUCCUGGUCAUAUUAAUAAUGACUUAACAAAUGGUAUAACAAAUGAAAAUCUUUCAUCAAAUGAUCAAAUAGGUCCUAAUAAUGAUACAAACGAUAGUGGAAUGCCUUCAGGACAUUCAAUGAUAAACGGUAUGCCAACAGCAUCAGUGCCAAUACCAUUUCAACGAAUACCAACAAAUGAUCAUCAACAGCAACAACAACAACAACAACAGAUGUUACUUUAUCAACAACAGCAGCAGCAACAACAACAACAACAACAACAACAGCAGCAGCAACAGCAACAGCAAGCUUAUCAAGCACAAUUUCAAAUGCUUCAACAUCCGGCAGCUCAUUAUGAAAUGGAUCCACGUUCAUCAAAUUUUCAACCGUUUGAUUAUACAUUAAUUCAACCACAGUCAUAUGAGAGUCAAUCAAUUAUUUCAGCUUUUAAUCCACAAGCAUCAGGUGGAAAUCAACAGGAUGCACAAUUAGCUAAUCUAGCUCAAGGGUCACUUAUGUCAUGGUUACCAACAAGUGUUGCUGCACAACAACAAUCGGCUAAUCAACAAACACCAUAUGGUUCAUCAUCAAAUCAAUACAUACUUAAUAGUAAUCAAGAAAAUUAUUUACAAUCAUUAGCAAAUUUUCAACAACCUCAAGCUACACAUCCAUCGUAUCAACCGCAGUAUUGGUCAGCCGUACCAACUACUCUUAUGUUUUCUGCUCCACCACCGCAAACAAUAUUAGCACAACAACAGACGUUAAAUAACGAACAACAUUCACCACAAUCGAAAACUAAUAAUAAUAAUCGACCAUUAACACCGUCGAAUUCAAAUGAUUUAUUAAAUUCAUCACAAUCAAAUCAACAACAAUAUAUUAACAUGCCUGGUGCUACACAAACAGCAGUUAAUUUUCCAUUUUUUGCCGCUGCUUCACCAACAUUUCUUGAUCCAAAUCUAAUGAUGCAAAAUUCCAGACCACCAAAUGGAUCACCUGGAAUUCGUAUGUAUCAACAACAAGUACCAAUUCCAAUUAAUACAAAUAAUCAAGGUGGUCUUUAUGGUAGUCCAGUUGCAAGUUCACUCUCAAGUUCAUUUAAUGAUGUUUAUACUGUUCCAAAUCAACGACGUGAUGGUUCAAUAGCCGAUUUUUCACGUUAUCCAGGUGAUCUUCGUUUAUCUAAACAAGGACAACAACAACAAACUCCGUUAUAUCAUGGUCAAAUUGGAGGUUUACCACCAUCACCUGCAUAUAAUAAUUUAAUACCUUCGAUGACUCCACCACCAACAUCAAAUACAGCAAAUUUUGAUGGAAUGUUUAAUGCUCGAUUUUUUCCACCAAAUAAUCAAUCAAAUAAUGGUUCACAACAACAAAUUAUUAAUGGUAAUGAUAUGUAUGUUGGCCGUCGUAGUGUUGGUAGUAUAAGUGGAGCAAUGCCAAGUUUUUAUCCUCCUAAUGUAUUUGGUGGCAAUGGAAAUAAUACAAAUAAUUUAAGUGGAAAUGGUAAUGCUCGUGAUACCAAUGUUAAUCGAAGUAAAUUAUUAGAUGAUUUCCGUAAUAGUCGAAUGCCAAAUUUACAAUUACGUGAUGUAAUUAAUCAUUUUACGGAAUUUUCAAUGGAUCAACAUGGUUCAAGAUUUAUUCAACAAAAACUUGAACGUGCAACAAAUACAGAAAAAGAUAUGGUUUUUAAAGAAAUUCUUCCUAAUGCACCUCAAUUAAUGACUGAUGUUUUUGGAAAUUAUGUUAUUCAAAAAUUUUUUGAAUUUGGUACAUCAGAACAUAAGGCAUAUUUAGCUCAACGUAUACGUGGAAAUGUUCUAUCACUUGCAUUACAAAUGUAUGGUUGUCGUGUAAUACAAAAAGCUGUUGAAACUUUACCACCAGAGUAUCAAAGUCAAAUAUCUCGAGAAUUAGAAGGUAAUGUUGUUAAAUGUAUUGAAGAUCAAAAUGGUAAUCAUGUUAUACAAAAAUGCAUUGAAUGUUGCUCAAGUGAAAGUAUUGAAUUUAUUAUACGAGAUGUUACAAGACAAGUUUUUUCACUAUCGGCACACCCAUAUGGUUGUCGGGUUAUACAACGUAUACUUGAAAAUUGUAAAGAAUCCCAAACACGACCUAUACUUGAUAUUUUAUAUAAUGAAUUAGAAAAUCUUGUUCAAGAUCAAUAUGGAAAUUACGUUAUUCAACAUGUAUUAGAACAUGGUAAAGUUGAAGAUCGCAGCAGAAUUAUAAGUGCGAUAACUGGUCGUGUACUUUCAUUAUCUCAACAUAAGUUUGCAAGUAAUGUUGUGGAAAAAUGUGUAACCUAUGCAACAAGAGAUGAAAAAAGACAACUGAUUGAUGAAGUUGUUUCGUUUGGUGAUGGGCCUAAUUGUGCUUUACUGACAAUGAUGAAAGAUCAAUUUGCUAAUUAUGUUGUUCAAAAAAUGAUCGAUGUUGCUGAACCAGCUCAAAGAAAAACUUUAUUAACAAAAGUUCGUCCACAUAUACAAUCACUUCGUAAAUUCACCUAUGGUAAACAUAUAAUAACAAAACUUGAAAAAUAUCUAAGUAAAAGUUCGGAUAUGGGUCCUCCUCUAUCAGCAUCAAAUUCAAAUGGUUUAUCACAUUAUGACAAUUAA